GUAUCGUGUAUGUGUGCGAUUUUUUAUAUUUUGUUUUUAUUUUCAUUUUAGAUAUUUGUUUGAUUAAGCGUUAUUGGUUUUUGGUUAAUUUGCAAUAAUGUGGGAGGUGCAUAGUAAAAGAGGGAAGAAAAAUUAUGGAAAAUAUUGCAUUAUCAUUGGAAUCGAAACAUGCAGUAUUGGACAGGCACUCACAAACAACAAACAAAUAUACAUAUAUGUACGCGUUGAAAAUGAAAAUAAAGAUAAGUAACAAUGCAGCAAUUUGAAACCUCCCUAGACAUGAUGCGCAAUGGUUGUGCACCAAAAUUCAAAAUCGCCACCGAAAUUUUGGAUAAUUUAAGAGCUGGUGAAUUUGUCGAAAACAAUGGCGACUUGAAGUGUUAUACCAGAUGCAUAGCACAGCUGGCAGGAACGGUAACUAAAAAGGGCGAUUUUAGCGUGCAAAAAGCAUUAGCACAAAUUCCAAUUAUAUUACCACCUGAGAUGCAGGGCCCAGCUAAGGAAGCGUUGAAUGCUUGCAAGGAUGUGCAAAAAAACUAUAAGGAAUCUUGCGAUAAGGUCUUCUAUACAACGAAAUGUGUGCGCGACUUUGAUCCAGCUACAUUUAAAUUUCCAUAAUUAUAUGCAUGUAUUUCAAUAUUGUCAGUAUAUGAGUAUAAAUGCGUAAUAUUCAUUUUAAGCCAAAAGAAAAAAGCGAAAACAAUACAAAAAAAAACACCUGAGAAAAACAAAGC